AUGAAUCAAGCACCAGUUUCGUGUAUUCCAGCCGGGAAGAUGUCAAAAGCGAAGAAGGUGCUCGAUGAAGCCCGCGAGAUCCAAAAUCCCGAGCUGGAUCUCGCAGACAAGGGUAUCUCGACGUUCGAGGAGAUGCCUGGAUUACUUAACAUGAUCAAUAUAACUAGGCUGACCCUAAGUCAUAACAAGAUUCAAGCUGUACCACCAGGACUUGCCAACUUGGUCAAUCUAGAAAUUUUGAAUCUGUUUAAUAAUCAUAUUGUUGAGCUUCCUAUCUCCUUAUCGCAGAUGCCAAAAUUAAGGAUUCUCAAUGUUGGAAUGAACAGGUUGGAUUCACUUCCACGUGGAUUUGGUGCCUUUCCAGUGUUAGAGGUUUUAGAUCUGACGUAUAAUAACCUUAGUGAGAAAAAUUUACCAGGAAACUUUUUUAUGAUGGAAACCCUGAGAGCACUUUAUUUGGCUGAUAAUGACUUUGAAUAUUUACCACCUGCCAUUGGACAGUUGAAAAAUCUGCAAAUACUUGUGUUAAGAGAGAAUGACUUAAUAGAAUUACCAAAAGAAAUUGGGGAAUUAACACGACUGAGAGAGCUACACAUUCAAGGGAAUCGAUUGACUGUAUUGCCCCCAGAAAUAGGAAAUUUGGACUUAGUAAGUAAUAAAGCAGUAUUUAGAAUGGAGUUUAAUCCAUGGGUUACACCAAUUGGUGAUCAACUUCAGGUGGGCAUAUCCCAUGUUAUGGAUUACAUUCGUUCUGAAACAUAUAAAUAUGUGUAUAAUCGACAUCUAAAUGCCAAAGGACCACCACCGCCGAUUGAAAACGACAAGAGUAAGAAAAUGUCGCGUGUCCGUUAAGUUAGAACCAAAAAUAAUUAAUGGUCGAAACAUAAUCUUAAACUCACUCUUAACAUGACCCGCUUCAAUUCGCUCACUGCCAGUAAUGAGAAACGUGUAACACCUCUGAACUACAAAUGGUGCCUUUGAUAAUAUACGAUUAACACAGAAG